UUGUCCAAUUAAGUAAACGUGUCACACGUGUUAUAUACUUGUAAUCCGUUUAAAUUUUAUAUUGGGCAAGGGUUGAGAUAUGCUGACACUAUUAACAAAUGGUGACUGAUAUUAUGACAGGUGUAAUUCCUGAUGAGAUCGGUAAUCUUGCUAACCUAGAAUUAAUAAAUCUUGGAGUUAACCGUCUUGCUGGAGUCGUUCCCUCUGGAAUUUAUAAUGCUUCAAAAAUGAUGGUAAUCUCCUUAUCUUCUAAUCAGCUAUCAGGCCAUCUUCCAUCGAGCUUAGGUCUCCUCCUUCCGAAUCUUAGACGGCUUUUUCUUGGAGGAAAUAACUUUACUGGUCCCAUUCCUAUUUCUCUCUCUAAUGCUUCGGAGCUCACACUAAUAGCCUUGCCAUCGAAUUCAUUCUUUGGCCAUAUUCCUGACGAGCUUGGUAAUUUAAGAAGCCUACAAUAUCUCUACUUGUGGGGAAAUCAUCUGACCAUCAAAUCUUUAUCUUCAGGAUUGAGCUUAUUCAAUUCUUUAACAAAGUGCAAAGAUUUGAGAAUUUUAUAUCUGCACGACAAUCCAUUGAAUGGCACUCUUCCAAUUUCUGUUGGUAAUUUAUCUUCCUCUCUCGAAGUGUUAUCGGCUUAUCGCUGUGGAAUUACAGGCACCAUUCCUAUAGAAAUCGGCAACUUAAGCAACUUAACAUUGCUAAGUUUAUAUGAAAAUGACUUGAGAGGAACAAUUCCUGCCACAAUUGGAAAAUUAAGGAAGCUCCAAGCUCUAUUACUUGACCAUAAUAAAUUAGAAGGGGUUUUCCCCCCUGAGUUAUGUGAUUUACAGAGUUUGGCUAUUUUAUCUUUAGGGGUAAAUACGCUUUCUGGAUCAAUUCCUUCAUGCCUAGGCAAUGUCGAUUCUCUAAGGAAUCUUUCCAUGCAAAUGAACAAAUUUAAUUCCACAAUACCUUCAACUUUGUGGAGGCUUGAAAAUAUCCUGAUCGUAAACUUAUCAUUCAAUUCUUUAAGUGGGGCUCUCGCAGUAGAUAUUGGCAAUUUGAAAGUUGCGACAAUUAUUGAUUUAUCAGGGAAUCAAUUAUCAGGUCAGAUCCCACCUAGCCUUGGAAGCCUUAAGGAUCUAUCGUCCCUUUCUUUAGCUGACAAUAGAUUCGAAGGCUCUAUCCCUCAAUCAUUUGGCGAUGCCAUAAGCCUGCAGUUCUUGGAUUUAUCUAACAAUACUCUUUCUGGAGAAAUUCCUAAGUACUUGGAGAUACUCCGGUAUCUCACAUAUUUCAAUGUGUCUUUCAAUGAAUUACAAGGAGAGAUACCAAAUGGAGGAGGUUUUACAAAUUUAUCAGCUCAGUCAUUUAUGGGGAACAAAGGAUUCUGUGGUGCAGCUAAAUUUCAAGUUCAGCCCUGUAAAACUAGAACUGAUCAAGGAUCAAAGGCAGGUAGUAAACUUGCAUUGAGGUAUGGUUUGAUGGCGACAGGAUUAACAAUUUUGGCAGUGGCAGCUGUUGUCAUUAUCUUUAUCAGGUCUCGCAAAAGGAACAGGCGGACAACUGAAGGAUUGUUACCUUUAGCAACAUUGGAAAGAAUUUCAUAUCGAGAGCUUGAACAGGCAACAGAUAAAUUUAACGAGAUAAACUUGCUUGGUAAAGGAAGUUUUGGGUCAGUAUACAAAGGGAUUUUUUCAGAUGGGAGGAGUGUUGCAGUAAAAGUCUUCAAUUUACAGGCAGAGGGAGCAUUCAAGAGUUUCGAUGUAGAGUCUGAAGUAUUGCGCAUGAUUCGGCAUCGAAAUCUCGUCAAGAUAAUAACAAGUUGCAGUAGCGUUAACAUCGAAUUUAAAGCCUUAGUUCUUGAGUUCAUGCCUAAUCAUAGCCUUGAAAAAUGGCUGUAUUCUCCAAACCAUUUCUUAGAAUUCCUACAGAGGUUGAACAUAAUGCUUGAUGUUGCAUCAGCAGUAGAAUACCUUCAUCAUGGUUAUACAACACCAAUAGUUCACUGUGAUUUAAAGCCCAACAAUAUCCUAUUAGAUGAAAAUAUGGCUGCUCAUGUAACUGAUUUUGGCAUUGCAAAACUCCUUGGUGAUGAGCGCUCUUUCAUACGGACCAUCACACUAGCUACUGUUGGCUACAUGGCACCAGAAUAUGGAUCAGAAGGAGUUGUUUCAACCGGAGGCGAUGUGUAUAGCUUUGGGAUUUUGAUGAUAGAGACCUUCACUAGCAGAAAGCCCACAGAUGAUAUGUUUAAUGAGGAAAUGAACAUGAAGCAAUGGGUUCAAGAGUCAUUAGCUGGUGGAGUAACUCAAAUUGCAGACCCCAAUUUGCUAAGAAUUGAGGAUGAACAUCUUUCUGCUAAAAAGGAUUGCAUAAUAUCUAUGAUGCAACUAGCCCUUCAGUGCUCUGCAGAUUUACCUGAGGAAAGGCCAAAUAUUAGAGAUGUUCUCAGCACUCUCAAUCACAUCAAAGUGAAAUUUCUAAAGGGUAUUAAUUAAGCUAAAGUAAGACCAAAGUGGUGUAGUAGCCAUGUUUGGAUUUUCAACAGCAUAAAUGGAAGUGUCUCAACAAGACAAAGCCAGUCUCAAUAACUGGAAUUUUAGUGUUGAUUACCAUUAUUUAGAUGAGUAUUUCAGGAUUGUCAGGUAAUGAAAUUUUAUGUAUUGAAACAAUUAUGAUAUUUAUUCCCUAAUACAAUCAAAUUCAGGUUGACCA